AUGUUGCUUCCAUUUGCUAAACUAUUGACACUGACGCUCGCCUUUGUCAGUGCCACCGCCGCCAUCCCAGUUGAGAACCAAAGUCCAGAAAAGAAACAGCUGGAAACACGAGCCAAAAAAGAUCUAAAGGGCAAAAUGGUCAUUGCCUGCUUGGCCGUUUCUGCAGGAAAAACGCGACAACAACACCUACAGCAGACAGGGCCUGACGUUUGGCCUGACGUUUACACCACACCCAUAAAGGAACAAGUAAAAGCCCGUAAAGGCGAAUGGAAGGUUCUUUCUCCUUCCAAAACCACCUGGAAGUAUUGUGUAGUCCAAGCUGAGAAAGCUGCGAUGGAACGCGUGGCGAAGUUCUGGGUACCGCAAAAACGCGAACAUAAACGCCUCUGGGAGAAAACCAAUAACAAUCCGUACCUCUGGUACCAAGGCGAGCAGUCGAUAAUCAGUUACAGUGUCAGCAAGGAACCUUCGUGGAUGGCCUUUUCGACCUUGCGCUUGUCCAUUGUAGCUAAAAAGUAUGACACCAGGGAAAAGAAACCUCGCGUCGAUAGGAAUACCGUCCAGAUGUGCAUCCCUGCAUGGCUGAUGAAUCAGUAG